ACUAUCCUGCAUAGAGAUGCCUUGGCAACGCUUUAUGACAUUCCCCUUGAUGACAGCCUUAGGAAUGACUUAGUUUAUCAGUUUCUUUUUUUUGUGAAUAAGUAACUGGUUUGUGCAGGAGUGUGAAUGAUCUGUUUUCUGAAUCAGUAUUCCUUAAGAUUACAUACAAUGCAUUUUGAAGGCUUUCACCUACCUGUCACCUACCUGUGGUAAACACUGGAUUACUAAAAACUGCAAGUAGCCAAAGGUUUUUGGGGGUGACAAAUUACACAUAAACUUUAUUUUUAAGGGGUUGUUCAUCUUUAAGUUAACUUUUAGUAUGACGAAGAGAGUGAUAUUCUGACACAAUUUGAAGUGAUAUUCUGACACAAUUGGUUAUCAUUUUUAUUAUUAUUUUUGUUUUUUUAAAAUAUUUAGAUUUAUGUAGCAGCUUUCCACAGCUAUCUGAUUGCUAGGAUACAAAUUGCCCUAGCAACCAGGCAUUGAUUUUAAUGAGAGACUGGAAUAUAAAUAGGAGUGGGCCUGAAUAGAAAGGUUCCGUUUGGAUGUUCCUGUUAUUCUGAGAAACUCAGAAGAAGCAGAUUCUUUAAGUGUUGUUUCCAAAAAGCAGAUGAGGCAAGUGAAGAAUCCUUUUGGCUUGGACAUCACAAAUCCAGAUGCAGCUUCAAUAACAAGUGGCAUAUCAUUAACCCCAAACUGCCUGGAGAACUGUAUGCUGACCUGCUAUUGGGGUUGUAGUGUUCAAAGGCUCCAAGAAGCUUUACAGCAUCACUUGUAUUGCUUUUUAAUAAAAAGCCCCACAGCACUGGAAAAUGUCCUCUAUGGCGAAUAUCUGCACAAAGAACAACAUGUUGUCCAGAAGCAUGGCAAAGAAGAAAUAUAUACCCAGUUGCCACCGGACAGCCAACUAGAGGAUUUUGGUUCUUUACCACGGACUCAUUACCCACUUGUAGCAUUUCUAACAUUAUCAGAUGAAGAAGACAGGGAGUCAUAUGAUAUUGUAUCAAUGUUGGCUGUGAUUCAUAUCCCUGACAGAUGUUACAGACUUCCCUGUAGAAUAAUGUACCAAUACCUGUUGACUUCACAAGGGCAAUUUUAUGACCUUAAGCAACUCUUCAUGUCUGCAAAUGAUUACCAGUUACAAUCUACAAGUGAUUCAUCCUCACAAGACAGUACUGCAGAUAAAGACCUGCUGGAAAAAUUUGGACUUUCAGAGGAGGAUGUGCAGGAGGACAAUGCCAAAGACUGUGUUGUGUGCCAGAAUGGCACAGUGAACUGGGUACUUUUGCCCUGUAGGCACGUAUGCCUGUGUGAUGGAUGCUUAAGAUACUUCCAGCAUUGCCCCAUAUGCAGGCAGUUUGUUCAGGAGUCAUUCCCAUUAUGUAGCCAGUCUUCACCAACAAGCGAUGGCAGUUCUCCUAUUGAAGAAGACUAGCCCAUCCCAUAUUUUUGGUGUUAUAGAAUUCUCACAUAGAACUGUUAUGCAAGGUUGAUUAAGUGUUAAAGUAAGCCUGUGACUACACUUUUUUGCUGAACUACAACUAUCUGUCUCUUUAUACAGUUACUAUACUUUUAACUUGAA